AUGGAUUACAAAAAGAAAGAUCCAAAAAUUCCAGUCAUGGACCCAUAUACUCAGGCCCAGAAGUUGAAAGUUUGUGACCUGUGUAAGACUGAAUUGGGAAAAUCCAAGGAGAUGAACUUUGUAGCCAUUUUGGGACCAAUAUCACCAACUAAACUAGCUUUAGAAGCAUGCGGUUACAGUUCUCCUCCAGAUAAUCAGCUGCUUUACAACCCAGAGAUCAUCACUAAAAUAAACACCAAAUUGCAGUACAAAUUCAAUCUUUAUAAUGUGGCCUGUCUGAAUGAUGAUGAAAUCUUGUCAAGUGGAAUGGAGAAAACAAGGAAUCUCUACAAUAAAUGGAGACCUUUUAAUAUCUGCUCUACCUCCUCAGGUGACCUCCUGGUUGUUAUGCAGAUCAGUGAUGAUUUUCAACAAUCAAAUAUUGUGGGAUGUUACUCUGGUACCACAAAGAAACAAACCAUAUGCAUUCUGUUUUAUGAUAGGGGUCAUGGUUUUCAUUCAUCUGAUAACACCACUAAAUGUUUCACUGAAAACAAGAACCUGGAUAUCUGUGUGGCUGACAGUGGAAGUAAUGAAGUACUGGUGGUCAAUCAGGCUGGGACACUGAGAUUCAGGUACUUACCUACUCCAAAGAACCAACCAUUCUAUCCAGCAGGAAUCACCACAGACAGUUAG